AUGUCUGUAGACUAUAGCCACGGUGUCCAGUACUCUCCAGCAACGCUUGCCCUUACCCAAGUCAUCAAGGCUGAUGAUUUGGAAGAGCUAGGUAUCACGUUCGUUCGCCUGACAUGGGUCGACCUUACCAGUGUCGUUCGAUUCCGCGUGAUUCCCCUCGCGUACUUCCUCAAAAUGCUCCGGUCGCCUCGUCCCAGUGUGGCCAUCGCUAAAGUGACCAUGGGUCUCGUUUACCUGCACACUGCCGACGAGUUCAAUGCUAUCGGAGAGUAUCUCUACGUUCCAGACCUUUCUACGCUGACACUCUGUCCUUACGAAGAAGGACACGCCAGCGUAUUGGGAUGGUUUCAGGAGAAGGCCCCUAUACCUAGCGCGGAUUGCAGUCUGACCGUCGACGUCGAUCUCUGUCCUCGAAGCGCAUUACAGCGUGUCGUUGGCCAAGCCAAAGAAGCCGGUGUAGAGUUUUUGGUCGGCUUCGAAACUGAAUUCAUUCUAUUGAAAUCAACAAACCCUGUGGAAGCUGCGAACUAUCACGCAUGGACAGCAUCCAAUGGCUUACCAUCCGGGGCUGUCGAGUCGCGAGUUAUGCGUGAGAUUGUGGAGUCCUUACUGAAAUCUGGGAUCGAAGUCACUAUGUAUCACCCUGAGGCUGCUCCGGGCCAGUAUGAAGUCGUUACUGGCCCUUUGCUGCCGCUCCAAGCUGCUGAUGCACUCAUACAUACUCGCGAAACUAUCGUGAAUGUUGCCAUCAGAUAUGGUCUCCGAGCAACUUUCGCUCCACGUGUGUAUAUGACAAGUGCUGGGAGUGCUGCUCAUACCCACAUAUCAGUUCACUCCGUGGCUGGUGGACCGAAGCUGUCAGAUUCCCUGUCAUCGUUGGAAUCAUCAUUCCUGGCCUCAGUUUUGAAGCAUCUUCCAGCGAUGGCUGCCAUCACGCUUCCUAUCCCAGCCUCCUACAAACGUGUUGCCGAUGGUGUCUGGUCUGGCGGAACCUACGUCUGCUGGGGAACAGAGAAUCGCGAAGCUCCUAUCAGGUUGACAAAUGCGGCUUCUCCCAAAUCCAGAAACUUUGAAUUACGUUUUUUGGAUGGAACUUGCAACCCUUAUCUUGCGCUUGCAUUGAUUUUGUCUGCUGGCCUUGACGGUGUUAUCAAUCAAGAACCGCUGGUCAUCAAGGACUGCCCGGGUCCAUUGACCGCUGCCCAGAUGGACGAGAAGCAACGGCAUGAACACGGCAUCAAGAAACGGAUGCCAUUAACAUGGGACGAGGCUAGAACCGCGUUCCAAUCAGAUACGCUCGUUGAGAAGACGUUCGGAAAGAAUAUGGUAGCGAAAUAUCUGUCUGUCAACAAGACUUUGGGCACGUUGUUGGAAGAAUCUGAUGAAACCGAGCAGGCUCGUCUCACGCGCUUGGUUGAGUUCUAUUAA